AUGAAUUAUCGGCUAAGUGUGGUCGCACUAGUAUUGGUUAUUACUUGUUCAUUACUCCAAUCGGUCGAUUGUUAUCGUCGCGCCGAUUUUACUUACGCUCAAAUUAAUGUUACAUGGACAUAUAAAAACAUCACGUUUAGCAGAUAUUAUAGGGAUAAAUUUUACUACGGUAAAAAUUCAGCAGUAAACCCUGCUGAAGGGAUGCUUAUUACUGCAGUAGUAUCGGAAGGCUGCCACUCCGACAAUUAUGGCCCUAUCCGUAAUAAUGAACGAUGGAUUGCUUUUGUACGCCGUGGUUCUUGCUACUUUAACCAGAAGAUUGAUGCUGCUAAAAAAUUAAAUGCCAGUGGUAUCAUCAUCUACGAUAACAUGGAUGGCGAUGAACUCAUUAUGACUGACAAGCAUGUGCGCAAUUUCAUUUCUGUUUCAACUACCAAAUCGACUGGCAACGACUUACUUCAUAUUAUGAGGAAUGGAACCCAAGUGUACGUUCGAAUCACUACUGGAAGUACGGUCGAUCAUUGGGAUUUCAAUCGUACAUCCAUCUUUUUCGUUUCGGUAUCGUUUAUAAUCUUUAUGGUGGUAUCACUGGGAUGGUUAUUAGUUUAUUAUUUUCAACGUUUUCGCUAUUUGAAAAAUCGUCAAAGGAAUCAGAUCGAAAUACAUGAGUUAAUAACAUUUCAUCAAUGUCGUAAAGGAUUCAAGUUGACUUAUGUCAAUAUUUUUGGUUUUGGUAACGUAAUAAUUGGACUUGGUGUUAUCCGGCAGUCUCCAACCCACACGCUAGGGAAUAGCGAAAGCAGUUUUUGCUGA